AUGAAACUAUCCCUCAUCACGGUGGCCACCGCGGCCCUGACAGUAUACCACGCUCAAGCUUCUCACUGGAAGCACUUCAACAUCCUGUUCAACCGAUACCUCAGCGACGACUGCCACGAAGGACGAUCCAUGGAGCGCGGCUCCGGACUCAAGAUCCACGAAGGAGAAUGCUCUACCUGGGGCCAUAGCGAGACCUUCAACGCCUUCGCGUACGCCUGGCUACAGCACACCGACUGGGAGGAAAUGCCAGCGGACAAGACCUGCGCCGUGCUGAUCUAUGAGGAAGACCACUGUCAUGGACGCCUGCUCUUCGUUAACGACGCCCUGAUCAUCUGGCCAGGGCGCAGCGUGAAGUUGGCCCGUAGGGAAAAGGGAAAGUCGUCAGUUUGGGCGGAUGAGGUCCGGUGGAAGAACCCAGAGUUGAUUCCUACUCGCACGAGACUGGUCCCGAUUGUGGUUCCAAUAGCAACGAAUGCGCAAUGA